UUUUGUUUUUUCUGCAGCAACUGUUUAACUGCCAGGCCCUGAAGAAGCUCAGCAUGCCCGAUAACGACCUCUCCAACCUUCCCACCACCAUCGCCAGCCUGGUUAACCUCAAAGAGUUAGACAUCAGUAAAAAUGGAAUCCAGGAGUUUCCAGACAACAUAAAAUGCUGUAAAGGCCUGUCUGUGGUAGAAGCUAGUGUCAACCCCAUCACCAAACUCCCAGAUGGUUUCACGCAGCUCCUGAAUCUGACCCAGCUCUUCUUAAACGAUGCCUUCCUGGAGUAUCUGCCCGCUAACUUUGGCAGACUCUCCAAACUACGGAUUCUGGAGCUGAGAGAGAACCACCUAAAAACAAUGCCAAAGUCCAUCCACAGACUAACGCAGCUGGAGAGGUUGGAUCUGGGUAGCAAUGAAUUCUCAGAACUGCCAGAGGUGUUGGAACAGAUACACAGCUUAAAGGAGCUGUGGCUGGACAACAACUCUCUACAGUCUAUACCUGGGGCAAUAGGGAAGCUUCGCCAGUUGCGGUACUUGGACUURGCGAAAAAUCGGAUUGAGACGCUAGAUAGUGACAUUUCAGGCUGCGAGGCCUUAGAAGACCUGCUGAUGUCCUCCAACAUGCUGCAGCACCUGCCGGACUCUAUAGGAAUGUUAAAGAAGCUGACCACUCUGAAGGUAGAUGACAACCAGCUGACCUCACUGCCUCACACCAUUGGGAGUCCGAAGCCCAAGCAAGGUCUUUCUCUGUUGGAGGAGUUGGACUGCAGCUGUAAUGAGCUGGAGUCAUUGCCUCCCACCGUCGGCUACCUGCACAGCCUGAGGACUUUUGCUGCAGAUGAGAACUUCCUAACAGAGCUGCCACGAGAGGUUAAAAAAUCUCCCGUUUAGCUUCACCAAGCUGAAAGACCUGGCAGCUCUGUGGCUCUCUGACAAUCAGUCCAAGGCUCUGAUUCCACUGCAGACAGAGGCCCAUCCAGAAACCAAACAGAAGGUUCUGACCAACUACAUGUUUCCUCAACAGCCACGACAUGAUGAGGAUUACCAGUCAGAUAGUGACAGCUUUAAUCCAACUCUGUGGGAGGAGCAGAGACAGCAGAGGAUGACUGUGGCCUUUGACUUUGAGGACAAGAAAGACGAUGAGGACAACUCUGGGAAAGUUAAGGUGGAGAUAAACUUGAAGCGCUACCCAACCCCCUACCCCGAAGACCUCAAGAACAUGGUCAAGUCGGUACAAAGUCUUGUGGGUAAAGGUGUACAUCCGGGACACGCGCACCAGCACCAGCUGAGCACAGGCACUGCCACCUCAGCAGGAACCAACAUGGAGCAUACGCAUCUCAGCAAAGAGCCGUAUGAACCACCCUGGCCCCUGCCUCCCAAAGAGGUGACCGACAGAGAGAUGCAGAACUUCUCGCAGUCUCAGCUGAUGGAUCAGGGAUCAAUGCACAACUCUGGCAUCGACAUUCCCAAGAGGAAGGACAAGGAAGAUUUGACAGAGAGCUCUGAGGACUCGAUGGGCGGCUCUCCUAAUGACAUCCGUAUUUCUGACAUGAGACCCACACUGGUGGAGCCGCCGAUGUACAAACCAAAGGUGGUACUGCUGGGAAAGGAUAAAAAAGAGUCCACAGAUGAGGAGGUAGAUAAGCUCCACUGUCUGAACCACAGCGGCUCCUCAGCCACCUACUCAGACUACUCUCCCUCCCAAGGCUCCUCAGGCUCCUCCAAUCCGUCCGCCAACACGCACUCGCACCCGCAUUCUCACGCACACCCGCACACCCCUGCCCUGCCGGCCCCCAACAAGGACCAGGCCCCUCAGACCCACUGGACCAACAGACUUGCCCAGUCAUUCCCUAAGCCCAUUGACUCCAAGCCCCUGCUCUCCCAGAGGGAAACCCCUCCAUCAGGAACCCUACAGCAUCGUGGAGAUCGGCGUCCCCUCAGCGAGCCCUUCGACUGGGCUGAGGCCCCUCACUACGACAACACGGGCUUCGACGCCGAGGAGUCUCCUCUGGACCCUUCGUCGUCCAACACCAGCCAAGGGAACCCCCCGCUGGGCUCCAAACCUCGCAGCAAUUCGGCUCACGGCCGCCGCCCCCUCCUCAGGCAAGAUCGAAUUGUAGGAGUUCCCUUAGAGCUGGACACUCAGACACUCCCCUACCACACGAACCAACGCAACAACCCAGACAAUGACCUGCAGUCCUCUGGACCUCCUUCCCAGAACCCCUGGCAGAACUGGACCAGGACCCCCAGCCCGUUAGAAGACAGAACUGCUUUCCCUUCAAAGCUGGACUUGACGCCCACCUCAAGUCCCAACCCUGACCGCAAGGACAUAGACUCAAGGUUGGAACCAAGUUCAGGGCCUUUGCCGGGAAGCUGGACAUACCAUGACAAACAGGGGGAGCAGAACAGGAAAGAUCAGCUCACGGUCAGUGGGGGCAACAAGGUAACGGUGGUGAUGAGUAAAAGCUCCGACCGUCUGUCGCCCAUGAUGAGGGAGACCAGAUCCAAGUUUAAGAAAUCACAAAGCAUAGAUGAGAUUGACAUCGGCUCCUACAAAGUCUACAGUAUUCCCAUGGAAAGCUAUAGUUCAUCCAUUGAGCAGCAGACUAGUUUGGACCGUCCUGAGCUCCCUGGUUCUAUGGAGCAGACCAGCAUGUCACGGUCUCAGUCUGCUCCCAUGUUGGAUGACGAGCUGGGCUUCCCGGGACACGGAGCUGGAAACCACAAUCAGUCCAUACAAAAUCAAAAACCUACCAUUCCACAGAAGGCCUAUCACUUUGACCAUAACUACAACCCCCAGGUGACCAUGGACCGUAGAAUCCCUCCCCCUUUCCCCAACACACCGGAUUACGUUAACCACUCAUCGAAAGUCAUGGACUACUUGAAUCAACCAGGAAGGACGUUACCCAAGGAGCUGGUCAGCCCCCGAUACCGUGCAUAUCCACCGCUGGAGAUGUUUUCCUUCCCCCAAGCGCCCAUCAACCAGGACGGCCUGUCCAGCCAGCAGCAGCAAACGAUCUCGACGCAGCGCUCCAGGCCGGGGUUUCUGAGGAGAGCCGAUUCUCUGGUCAGCUCCACAGAGCUCGCUUUGUUUCGCAGGGUUCAUGAAGCCCAGCAGGAGGCGCUACAAGAAGCACAGUACAAACAGCAGUCAGACCCCCCUCAUUAUAGUCGGGCUCUUGCCUACUCCACCCCCAUGGAGCACUCUGCUCUCUCCAACAUGGCUGACAACCAAAACCAGAUGAUGCAUAACAAGAGAAACGGUCGCUAUGAUGAUGACUAUCCCACUUACCAGGAACAGAAAAAGCCCAUGAUUGGUUAUCCGACCAAAAGUCUGACUCAGCGUCGCCCCCUGUCGGCCAGGAGCUACAGCACUGAGACCUACGGAGCAUCUCAGGAAAAUGGGAGAACUCACCACAACUCAUCAGCUCGACCAGUGUCAGCUCGUCCCACCAUGGCUGCCCUGCUGGAAAAGAUGCCACCUGACUAUACCCUGGCAACCUGUCCCGAGAAACCAUCAGAGGACACCAUCAAAGUAAGACCGGUGGUGCCGCAGAAACCUGAAGACAUCACUUCCAAGAUGCCUGCUGACUGGAGGCAACAACUCCUCAGACACAUAGAGGCCAAACGAUUGGAUAGGAGUGGUGUCCUAAAGCACAACACGCUCACGCUGGGCAUGCUCUAUCAGGGCGGGGGUCACGGCCAGGGGCGCAGCAGCACUUUGAACUUUAACCUUUACAAUAACACUAGGCAUGAGCCCCCUGCUGGCCACUGGCUGCCACUACCUCCUCCUCCAUCGGCCAUCGCUACCCCUUCUCAGCAGGGCGCAAUGUUGGAUAAUGACCAGGAGGGGGUGUCAGGGAACAACCAGUGGGCUCCUUACUCACUUGGUAGACGAGAUGUUCCACCAGACAACCUCAUGAAAAAGAGCGGACACUCACACAACCCUUCACACCAGCCGCACAACACCAUGAUCGUCACUUCCUCCUCGUCCUCCUCGGCCUCUCAGCCUCACCGCGUGGUCGGGCAGCAGGGCUACGAUGGGAUGAUGAACAAGGGUGGGCAGUACCAGCAAGGCAUGACCUUGUCGGUGGUUCCAUCUGGUGGGCAGUACCAGGGCAAUAUUUCUCAAGCUUUGUGUGAGAAUAGAGAAGAACCCCGGUCUUGGUUUCAGCAUCUCUGGUGGCAUCAGCGGCCAGGGGAACCCCUUCAAACCCUCCGACAUGGGUAUCUUUGUUACUAGGGUACAGCAUGAUGGGCCCGCCACGUCUGUCCUGCAGCCUGGAGACAAGAUACUGCAGGCUAACGGACAUAGUUUUUUACACAUGGAGCACGAGACAGCCGUCUCUCUGAUGAAGAACUUCCCGCGGACAGUGCACUUGGUGGUUCUGAGAGACAGCAGCAUGCUCUAGAAAUUCUUUCUUUUUUUUUUUAAACAAACACAAAGCGUCUCUACUCGACUCAUCAUCCAAUGCCACCCCACCUGCCUUCCACAUACAGGCUCGUGGAACUGAAUUAUGAGCCGCUGUUUUCUCUAUUUUUUUUUCUCUUUUUCUUUUGACUUUUUAAGAGGAAUACACAGACAUUUAUUUGCCUAUUGCUGGACCAAAGGCAAAUACCAG